AUGUCCUCAAAAGAAUCACGUAGACGCUCAAACAGACGUUCUAAUCGCAAAUAAAAAUAUUCUACUACUACUUCUUCCGUUGUCACUGAUGAUGAAUCUAAUGGAAGCUCUUCAAGUGAUGAUGAUCAACACUACAAAUAUAGAAGAGGCGAAUAUAUUCGAGAAUACAAGGUUAAGAGACACAUUUUUGAUGGUACAUUUGGAAGGGUCUUGAAAGUCAAGAGAAGAAAUUCAAAAACAUAUGCCUUGAAGAUCGUCAGACGCAAUCACGUUGAGAGUGCACAAUCAGAAGCUGAUGUUUUGUUUCAUUUAAAGAGAAAAGGACUUAGUAGAUACUUUGUUGAAUUGUAUGAAUGUUUCCAUCAUAGAGGAUAUUAUUGUAUGGUAUUUGAGAGGUUAGGACCAAGUCUUUAUGAAUUGAUGAAAUUAAAUAAAAAUCAUGGAAUUCCAAUGUCUUUAAUAAGAAGCAUCAGUAAAUAAUUAUUAAAGUAUAUUGGUCAAUUACAUGAUUUAAAAAUUGUUCACACUGAUUUAAAACCAGAGAACAUACUUUUUAGUAAAAAUUACAAAUUGAAAAGAGGAUAAUAAGAUUUAUAUCUGCCACAGGAUGACCGAAUAAAGAUCAUAGACCUUGGUGGAGCAGUAUUUGAUUAUGAAGGACAUGAUUGUAUAAUUAAUACACGUCAAUAUAGAGCUCCUGAGGUAUAGUUGUAAUGUAGUGAAUGGAAUCACAAAAGUGAUGUUUGGGGGAUAGCCUGUAUCAUCGCUGAAAUGUAUCUAGGACAUUUAUUGUUUUAAACUAGAAAGAAUGAAUAUGAACACAUGGCUUUGGUUGAAAAAGUCACUGAUCAAAACUUCCCUUAUUGGAUGGCCAGUAGUGUAAAAGGAUCAUUGAAAUAAUGCUUCACAAAAAACUCUACAAAUGGGAAAUACUACAUUUGGCCUUAGGAAAAUACAACCAAAGAGAGUAUUGCUAAAGUCGAAAAUCAAAAACCAUUAAGGGAAUUGAUACUUGAUCCAUUAUUAAGAGAUUUAUUAUAAAAAAUGCUUGAAAUUGAUCCCGAUAAAAGAAUCAGUUGUCACGAAGCUUUGCAUCACAAAUUCUUUUGUCAUUGAUAAUGAACAAUUCAUUUUAUAAAAUUUUAAUUUUAUUCCUUA